UUCCAAAAUGGAGGCCGAUCUGUAUGAUGAAUUCGGAAAUUACAUUGGUCCAGAACUCGACAGUGACGAGGAAAGCGAGGAAGAAGAGGACGCAGACGAAGAAGAGGCAGUAGAAUAUGCAGAAGAUGAUGGUGAUGAACAGAUGGAUCAAGAUGAAGAGCCCCAAAUGCAAGUGGUUUUGCAUGAGGACAAAAAGUAUUAUCCUACUGCAGAAGAGGUCUUUGGUCCUGAAGUUGAGACCGUUGUACAAGAAGAAGAUACACAGCCGCUGACAGAGCCCAUUAUUAAACCUGUGGCAAAAAAGAAGUUUUUCCAUGAAGAGCAGGAUCUACCUUCAACAACUUAUGAUAUUGAAUAUUUGGCAGAUUUAAUGGACAACCCAGAUCUUAUCAGAAAUGUAGUCUUGGCUGGACAUUUGCACACUGGAAAGAGUGUUUUUGUUGACUGUCUUUUUGAGCAAACACAUCCUGAGAUACAAGCAAAGGAAGGAAGUGAUCUUCGUUAUAGUGACACACUGUUCACUGAACAAGAGAGGGGUCUGAGUAUCAAGAGUAUUCCAGUGUCCCUUGUUUUGCCUGAUACUAAGGGGAAAUCAUACCUCAUCAAUGUCUUUGACACCCCAGGACAUGUAAACUUCUCAGAUGAAGUCACUGCAGCAAUAAGACUGUGUGAUGGAGUUAUGAUCUUUAUCGAUGCUUCUGAAGGGGUGAUGUUGAACACCGAGCGGCUCCUAAAACAUGCCGUCCAAGAAAGGCUAGCUGUAACUGUUUGUAUCAACAAGAUUGAUCGACUGAUGUUAGAGUUAAAGCUUCCCCCUACAGAUGCAUACUACAAAUUAAAACACAUCGUAGAUGAAGUGAAUGGACUACUCAGCGUCUACUCUGAUGGUGCUGAUGAUUAUGUCAUGUCACCUUUUCUUGGAAAUGUCUGUUUUGCGAGCUCACAGUAUAGAUUCUGCUUCACACUCUUUUCAUUUGCCUCUCUCUAUGUGGACACUUUUGGUGUCGGAAUCGAUCCAAGAGACUUUGCUAAGCGUUUAUGGGGUGACAUGUACUUCAAUUCCAAAUCGCGUAAGUUCUCACGUAAUGCUCCUUUAAGUACUUCUCAGAGAAGCUUUGUGGAGUUCAUCUUGGAACCUCUGUACAAGAUCUUUGCACAGGUGGUAGGUGAUGCAGACACAAGUCUUCCAAAGCUUAUGGACGAGCUGGGAAUUCAUUUGUCAAAGUCCGAGAUGCAGAUGAAUAUCAGACCAUUGCUUAGUCUUGUUUGCAGAAGAUUCUUUGGAGAUUUUACAGGAUUUGUAGAUGUUUGUGUUCAGCAUAUACCUUCCCCCAAAGCGGCAGCCAAGACUAAGAUUGAACAUGUGUACACGGGACCGCUGGACACCGAAGUCGUGGACGCCAUGAACGACUGCGACCCUGAUGGACCUCUCAUGCUUCACACGUCCAAACAGUACCCUUCCCAAGAUGCCACAGCUUUUCACGUGUUUGGACGAGUCAUAAGUGGAACAAUUUAUGCUGGUCAACAAGCUCGAAUACUCGGCGAGAACUACACUAUAGAAGACGAGGAGGACUCACGCGUUGGAACGGUUGGAAGGUUGUGGAUCGCCGAAGCAAGGUACAAUGUUGAGGUUAAUCGCGUACCAGCUGGAAACUGGGUACUAAUUGAAGGAAUCGACGAACCUAUUGUCAAAACAUCAACCAUUACUCAAGUACAAGGCAAUGACGAGGCGUACAUCUUCAGACCGUUGAAGUUUAAUACAUGUUCCGCCGUAAAGAUCGCCGUGGAACCUCACAAUCCUUCUGAGCUGCCUAAGAUGUUGGACGGUCUGAGAAAAGUAAAUAAGAGCUAUCCCCUGCUUACUACAAAGGUUGAAGAGUCAGGAGAACACGUGAUCCUCGGUACAGGAGAGCUUUAUUUGGACUGUGUGCUGCACGAUUUGAGAAGGAUGUACUCUGAGAUAGAUAUCAAGGUCGCUGAUCCUGUUGUGGCGUUCUGUGAAACUGUCGUGGAGACGUCAUCACUAAAGUGCUUCGCAGAAACGCCAAACAAAAAGAACAAGAUCACCAUGAUUGCUGAACCUUUGGAAAAAGGCCUAGCCGAGGACAUAGAAAAUGAAAAAGUUUUAAUUACAUGGAACAAGAAAAAGCUUGGAGAAUUUUUCCAAACUAAGUACGACUGGGAUUUGCUGGCAGCACGUUCCAUCUGGGCAUUUGGACCUGACAACUCUGGGCCAAAUAUUCUUGUGGAUGAUACGCUUCCGUCUGAGGUGGACAAAAGUUUACUCAACACUGUGAAAGAUUCCAUCAUUCAAGGAUUUCAGUGGGCUACGAGAGAGGGCCCGCUCUGUGAUGAGCCAAUAAGAAAUGUGAAGUUCAAGAUCCUGGAUGCAGUGAUCGCUGGUGAACCAAUUCACAGAGGAGGAGGGCAGAUUAUUCCUACAGCCAGAAGAGUGGCGUACUCUGCAUUUUUGAUGGCCACACCUAGACUGAUGGAGCCGUAUUUCUUCGUUGAGGUCCAGGCUCCAGCUGAUUGCGUUUCCUCGGUAUACACCGUGCUAGCUCGUCGAAGGGGUCAUGUAACGCAAGAUGCACCAGUUCCUGGUUCUCCACUGUACACAGUGAAAGCUUUCAUUCCCGCUAUUGACUCGUUCGGAUUUGAGACUGAUCUGCGGACUCACACCCAAGGGCAGGCGUUCUGUCUGUCAGUAUUUCACCACUGGCAGAUUGUUCCGGGAGAUCCUCUGGACAAGAGUAUCACUAUCCGUCCGUUGGAACCGCAACCAGCCACUCAUUUGGCCAGAGAAUUUAUGAUCAAGACUAGAAGAAGAAAGGGCUUGAGUGAGGAUGUAAGCAUCAACAAAUUCUUCGACGAUCCUAUGUUGCUGGAAUUGGCCCGACAGGAUGUCAUGUUCAACUAUCCAAUGUGAUCUACUUGCAUGUUUGAGGGACACCACACAACAGACUUUCUAUUAACGUAUUUACCAGUUGCCUAGUAACCACACACUGUGCGAAGGAUUUAUUGUCAGGGCUGCUUCCCAAGUCACCAUCAAGUUGUAAGGCGUUUCAGAAAUCUUAAGAAAAAUUUUUAAAGCUGCGCUGCAGUAUUUGAGCAAAUGAACUCAGAGACCUAACUUCGCCCGCCAAGGUAGAUUGUCUUUUCUUGUCACAGAAUUGCAUAAUUUUGCUUUAGUGCGUACUGUGAUUGGAUUGGGAAACUCGCGGCACACCUAUUGACCGAUCAGAAGAAGAGCGAAAACCACUCGUAACUCGCUCACUUCUAUUUAGGUCAGGUUGUUAUCGGCCCGUUGUGACACCUUUCUUUUAAUUGGCUGUCGUGAUGACUGGUUUUUCUUUGUUUUGAUUGGCUGUUGCGAUGACUUUGGUUUACCUUUGUUUUGAUUGGGUUUUGCUGACUAUGGUUUUGGUUCCACGACACUCAGUGACAUGAAAAGCGGUCAAAAUUGAAUACUCACUUUGAUCGUUAGCCAUUACCUAUACAAAGCGCAAUAUAGAGCACUGAGACGUCAAGCCUACGUUUUGCAUCCUUUAGCGUGUAAAUACAUCCUUUGUAACGACUUACAUUUGUAUCAAAAAUAAAAAGAUUCCAAUUAGCAGGCUUGUAAAAAGA